AUGCCUUCUUACAAGCUGACUUACUUUCCUGUUCGUGGAAGGGCCGAGGUUUCAAGGUUAAUCUUCAAGCAAGCAGAAGUUGAUUUUGAAGAUGUACGCAUAGGAGGAGAGGACUGGGUAAAAUUCAAGCCAAACACACCCUAUGGCUCAAUGCCAGUACUGGAAGUUGAUGGCAAGAUGCUUGGUGGAAGUGGCAGCAUUCAACGAUACCUAGCAGAGAAGUUUGGUCUGGCUGGCUCAAAUGAUUUCGAGAAUGCUGAAAUUGACAGCAUUAUUGACGCUAUUGGAGACCUCGCUCAGGAGCUAGGGAAACUUCACUCUGAGAAAGAUGAGGCAAAGAAAGCUGAAUUAGUUGAAAAAAUGAAAACCGAAACUGUCCCAAAGUUUUUUGGGAUUUUUGAGAAACUUAUCUCGAACAACGCUUCUGGUUGGAUAUAUGGCUCUAAGGUUACGUAUGCUGAUUUUGCCUUGUACAAUGUCAUGGGAUGGGUGCAGACAGGAGCUGCUGACAGUUUUCCAGCUAUUAAGAAAAAUAUGGAAGCCGUUGAAACGCUACCUAACAUUGCGAAAUGGCUGAAGGAACGACCCGAAUCUGACUUCUAG